AAGAUAAAUAGUUAGGAAGGACGUCUCCUGCGCACGGGGCCGGACCGGGGAUAUCAGAGACGCAAAAGAAGCGAGACAUCCCACUUUCUCAUUUAUUGUUUCAAUGACCCAAGUAAACGUUGGUUUCUAUGGAAGAGACACCCCUUUAAGUAGACAGGAACUGACACAUUUUUUCCUAUGGUAAAUGGCCUGAGUGAGCCAUCUUCAUUUAUCCAACGUCUUUGGAUAUACACAGACUGGCGGAGUGGAGCGAGAAACGACUGUUGGGCUGUCCCGUGAAGAGAUCCCGCCAUGCGUGAAUACAAGCUAGUGGUGCUAGGCUCGGGAGGCGUGGGCAAGUCCGCUCUGACAGUCCAGUUUGUGCAGGGAAUCUUUGUGGAAAAGUAUGACCCAACAAUAGAAGACUCCUACAGAAAGCAAGUGGAGGUAGAUGGACAGCAGUGCAUGCUUGAAAUCCUUGACACAGCCGGCACAGAGCAGUUCACUGCCAUGAGAGAUCUGUACAUGAAGAACGGUCAGGGCUUUGCCCUGGUAUACUCCAUCACAGCACAGUCCACGUUCAACGACCUGCAGGACCUGAGGGAACAGAUCUUGAGAGUCAAGGACACUGAAGAUGUGCCUAUGAUCCUGGUGGGUAAUAAGUGUGACCUGGAGGAUGAGCGGGUGGGCAAGGAGCAGGGUCAGAACCUGGCCAGACAGUGGAACCACUGUGCCUUUUUAGAGUCCUCCGCAAAGUCAAAGAUCAACGUCCUCGACAUCUUCUACGACUUGGUCAGACAGAUAAAUAGUAAAACGCCUGUGGAAAAGAAGAAAGCGAAAAAGAAAUCAAACUGUGUCCUGCUCUAAAUGUCCCUCCACCCUGCAGCAGCUCUGAGCCAGAAUGCUGUAAUGAAGAACUGUUGCCCUGAUUGGACCGUGCCAGCAUUCUGACAGCCCCGCCUCCCCCAUCAGCCAUAAACGGUGACGACACAAACAGCCGCCUGCUGAUUCGCUAGUAUCAAGAUAUCAAGGCAGGACACAAGGAGAGAGAAGACUGGUGUCUAUCUCACUCAGACUUCUCUGAUCUGACAUCAGUGAGCCUUGAAGGACAAUCUUCAUUUCCCACAUGGUGAACCACCAUAAACUCUCUGAAAGUCUCUGAAAUGGAAAUGUCAAUGGUCUGGCCAACCGAGAGCCCCCUCCUCCUUUUUUGAGAGUUUUAAAAACGAUUACCUACGAAGGGAAAAAAGACUUCAGUAUUUUACAUCUUUGCAAUAUAUCGUAUUUGAAGACAUGGAAGUUGACUUUAGUUGUGUGAUUAUAAAUAUCUGCAGACAGUGUGAUCACAUCUGGUAUUAAGUGCAGUAAGAACGUUCAAGUGGAAGUAACAACUUUUGUAUAGCCAUACACACAUUUCCUCGUGCCAGUCAUGUCAAUGGUGGACCAUAUGUUUUUUGGUUUCUCUUAACUCCAUGGACUUUCUCUUCUGCAAAUAUCUCUGUGACUUAAUUUUAUACUCAGUCACUGGGAUUUCAUAGUUCCCGUAAUAUAUUCUAAUGACAUUUUUGCAUAAUAAUGCUUGAGAAAAGGUAUUUUAUAGAAGAAAUAUGGGGGGGGGGUUGAUUUCUGUCUCUUGAAGCUGAAAUAUAUACUAAACCAACUUUAAUAAUGCUUCUUGUGUUUUUGUCAAAUGAUGUUCCAGCUUUUAUGGAUUAUUAAAUUUAGUACAUUAUAA